CGCAAACGCACGCAACGCAACGCAAACGCGUCGAGUGUGAAUUUUUCAUCUUUUUUUGAAAUUAAUUUACAAUUUAAAUUCGUCGACUAAGGACUGCAAAAUAUAAAAAGCUCGAACGUCGCGAUCUUUGGUGUCAAAGCAACGCGAGAUGUCGUCAACUCUGCUUCGAAUCCCGCUGCUUGUGCUGCUGCUGCUUCAGCUUCAGCUGAGCUCGGGAAGAAUCUUUGAGCGUUGUGAAUUAGCUGGACUCCUGCAGCAACGCUAUGGACUGCCGCCGUCUCAGGUGGCCACCUUGGUCUGCAUUGCCCAGCACUCGAGUGACCUCAACACCGCAGCCUUUGGCGGUGGCAGCGGUCCAGGUGGCGGCUCCCACGGCAUCUUCCAGAUCAGCGAUGUCUACUGGUGUUCGCCACCGGGUCAGGGUGCGGGUUGUGGAUUGAACUGUGCUUCGUUGAGGGAUGAUGACAUUGCCGAUGAUGUUUUGUGUGUGAGGAAGAUCUUUGUCGAGCAUCAACGCAUCUCUGGCGAUGGCUUCACAGCUUGGCAAGCUUACGGAGCUUAUUGUCGCCAGGAUGCGUCUUCGUAUGUGAGUGGAUGUGGCUUAGCGGGUGCUCCUCACAAAGCGUUGCAAGUGGCUGCCUCGUAUCAGCAACCACAGCAAGCAACAACAGCUGUUGGCUAUCAUCAUCAACAGCUUUAUCAACCAGUUGCCCCGUCCUAUCAUCGACCUCAGGUUCAAGGAAAAAUCUACAGUCGCUGUGAACUCGCUCAGGAACUUUACUAUCAACACAAGCUGCCCAUGCAACAGAUUCCCACCUGGGUGUGCAUUGCCCAGCACGAAUCCUCUUACAACACGGCAGCAGUGGGUCGCCUCAAUGCCGAUGGCAGCGCUGAUCACGGAUUGUUUCAGAUCAGCGAUCUCUUCUGGUGCACACACGAUCAGCGCGGAGGCAAAGGAUGUCGCGCCUCUUGCGAUCAGUUCCUCGACUCGAGCAUUGCGGAUGAUGUGCAGUGCAUUCGUCGCAUUCACGAGGAGCACACGCAAAUCUCUGGCGAUGGUUUCACCGCGUGGACUGUUUACAAUCGGGACUGUCGCAAUCAGCACUACGAACAGGUUGCUGCCUGCUUUGCCAAGCCUCAGGUGGUCUCCCAUCAUCCGAAUGCCAUUGAACAUUCGGGAGGUGGUAAAAUUGGCAGCUAUGCUUAUCAGGCGGCAACCACGCCCAAUCCUUACUACCGCCCCAGCACGAAGGUUGUCUCAUAUCAGGCCACCUCCAGCUAUCAGGGCAAUCCCUUUUUACGUCCUCGUCUGCCUCAGUCUUCGUCGGUUCAGUCGCAUCCCAAUGCAAUUGGCUUUGCACAGAAACCACAUCAAGUGACAGCCGCAAAUCCAUUGCUCAACUACAAACAACAACAACAACACACAACACCUAAACAACAAUACUACCAACAACAACUACACUAUCAACAGCAACAACUACACUAUCAGCAACAACAACAACACUAUCACACGACACUCAAGCGAGCUGGAUUUAGCCACUUGGGUGUGCAUCGCCGAGCAUGAAUCCUCCUUUAAUACGGCUGCUGUGGGUCGACUCAACACCGAUGGCAGCGAAGAUCACGGCUUGUUCCAGAUCAGCGAUCUCUACUGG